CCAGCGGAGCGCACGUCGCUUCAGUGCGCAUCUUCAUUCCAGGCUACCGGAGGAAAGGUGUGCACAAUGUCUGUCGCAUCCUCGGAAAUAGUUCAUCCACUCGACUCGUAUCUGAUUUAAUCGACCUGUACCACUUUCGCUCCUGUGUUACAGCACCGGAUUGGAUGUACUUUGCAACUUCCUGCGGCUUUAGUGGCAUUGAAUUCGGCGCGCAACAGCUGAGGAGAAAAGAUCUCUUAGUUCCCCAAUGAUGGACGGCAGGCAAUCGUCAAGGACUUUCAUACCUGAUUGUGCAGCUUUUGCCAACACAUGAAAGGAAGAAACAUGUUUUGUCUGGUGAAAUCUCGGAGCUUCUCAGGCAGCAGGAGGGCUAUGGGGAUCAGAAAAGUCCAACAUCACUCCAAACCCAUCUCCAAAAUUUACUUCAGUUUUAUUUUGCUCCUGCUCAUUUUCACACCGAGAGUGGAUUCAUCGUGGUGGCACAUCAGAGCACUGGGUGCCCGGGUGAUCUGUGACAACAUUCCCGGCCUGGUGAACAAGCAGCGGCAGCUGUGCCAGCACCACCCGGAGCUGAUGCAGUCUAUCGGUGAGGGAGCCAAAGAGUGGAUCAGAGAGUGCCAGCACCAGUUCAGACACCACCGCUGGAACUGCAGCACGCUGGACCGAGACCACACCGUGUUUGGCCGGGUGAUGCUGAGAAGCAGCCGAGAAGCAGCAUUUGUGUACGCCAUCUCUUCAGCAGGAGUGGUCUACGCCAUUACCAGGGCCUGCAGUCAGGGGGCGCUGACGAGCUGCAACUGCGACAGCGACAAGCGCGGACGAGCUAGAGACAACAGGGGCAAUUUCGACUGGGUUGGAUGCAGCGACAACAUCAAUUACGGCAUCAAAUUUGCAACGUCCUUCGUAGACGCUCGAGAGAAGAUGGUGAAAGACGCUCGCGCCCUGAUGAACCUGCACAACAACCGGUGCGGUCGGAUGGCAGUGAAGCGCUUUAUGAAGCUGGAGUGCAAGUGUCACGGGGUCAGUGGCUCCUGUUCUCUGAGAACCUGCUGGCUGGCUAUGUCUGACUUCAGGCGAACUGGAGACUACCUUCGCAAGAAGUACAACAGAGCCAUCGAGGUGACCAUGAACCAGGACGGGACGGGCUUUAUGGUGGCCGAUAAAGACUUCAAGGGAAGCACCAAGAAUGAGUUAGUGUACAUCGAGAACUCGCCAGACUACUGCCUCAUGGACCGCACAGCCGGCUCCUUGGGCACAGCAGGCAGAGUGUGCAACAAGUCCUCUAGAGGCACAGACGGCUGUGAGGUCAUGUGCUGUGGGCGGGGCUACGACACCAUGCGUGUCAAGCGUGUCACCAAGUGUGAGUGCAAGUUCAAGUGGUGCUGCGCUGUGGAGUGCAAUCACUGUGAGGACAUGGUGGAUGUUCACACCUGCAAGCCCCACAAGCGACCUGAUUGGUUGGACAUAACCUAACGAGGAGACCUGCCCAAUGACAGUCGCCACUGACUCAUUAACCUGUGCGGUAACGACUGCAUUUUAUUAUGGGAUAUAUAAUUGGGAUCUCUUAACUGUAAUACCUCUGGCUUUUGAUCCAUUGACACUUCCUGAAGCAGAUACUUCACGGACCUUGAUGCUUAACUGGAAAAUAGACCCAGUUACUGAUCAUGUGCUGCUUUAAUAAGUGUCUCUAAGAACAAUUUGUUGAGCUUUCUGAAGACAAACUUUGGAUCUUUGAUACAAAAUGGCUGAAUAUUAUAUUCUGUUGUACAUGCAAUGUCUGCUUGUUUUACAGUGUGUAAAGACUAUGUGAGCACAUGAUAGCUCAAAUUGAUGAUCAUAAUAAUAGUAACAUUUAGUCUGAAGCGAGAGAUAAAGAAAGAAAGAUGGAUAGAUCUUUGGAGGUAUUGUAAAAACACUGACAUUGUAUCAUUUAAAAUAAUUAAGUCAUUGUACGGUACUGCAAGAAAUCAUAUAACAUACAAAAGACAGUUGCUGCUAAUUAGUGCAACUCUAACGAACUAACAGAACGUGGGAGGGAGCUUAUGCAAUAGUUCCUACUCGAAUAAGGCCAGACAAUCACACUGUGAACGCAAAUGAACCACAAACAGGAGAACAAGCAAGGACUUUAAAUUAAAGUGACAGCAUACCUGCUGCAGAGCUGAAUUUUGGCCAGUUCUUGGGACAAAAAGGACACACUAACAGGAAAAAUUAAGCUUCAUAUGGACUUUGGACUGUUAUCUGAAAAAGUUAGAUUUUUCAUACAGUCUCCCACAUGUCCCACUAUCUGUAACUGGUCUUACACAUUCUGGCUGUGUUACCUUAUGGAAAACCUUAUAAUUUCUACCUCUGGUUCUUUGUCUGCAAUUUUUUUUUUUUCAGUGUUACACUGACAGCUUCAAACAAUUGCCCUUUGCCAUGUUUGGACAGACAAACCUGCUGAGUAAGAAAACAAAGCCCCCUCAUUCAUUUCAAUUACGUUACUGCAAGAAAAAAAUGUAGCUUGUCCAGUAAAAAUGUUGAAUCUGAUUCAACCUUUGCUGCAACAAAAUGCAGUUUUUCUACAAGGCAAGGUGUUGGCUGAAAUUCUACAGUUUACCUGAUGAUCAUCAUGGAGGAGGAUAAAAUCAUUUUUGAUGUGAUGGCUUUCCAAAGUUGUCAAUCUGGUGACACAGUCGUACACACUGCUGUGCAGUGAUUUGGUGUCUGAUACAAACUCAUAGAUUUAUUAUUUAAAACUUCCAGGAACCAAACUUUGAACAACAUGUCCGCACUGACACAGCCCAAACGUGGCUGUUUUCCAUCCAAACACCUGGUUAGCCAUCAGGCCUGCAGCCUUUGUUGGUUGCCAAGAUUUAUUUAAAGUUUCUCUUGGUCAUAGUUGUUUCUUAAUUUGAUCCACUCCUCGUGCCUCUUGUUUGAUGCCGUAAACUCUUGAAUUCCAUGGAAAUGUUUAUAUAAAUCUAACAAUACUUUAUCAGAUGUUUAAUUUUUUGUCUCUAAAAACCCCUUUCCUGCACCCUGCAUUGAUGCUGUUCUAAGUUUAGCUUGUAAAGCUACGGUUAAAUCCUAACGAGACACAUUUAAUUAUUUUUAAGAUUUUAAGUAAGUGUUGGACGCAGGAUUUCCCCUUGGAUCACUGUCCAGGUGUUUGAUGCUCACGCAGAUGUGUUCGGUUUUCCUUGGGUGCUGCUGAGUCUCAGUCAGUGAAAUGAAACUUUACUGAUCUGAACAAAAAACAUUGUGUUAAGUUGCGAUGGAGGUUCAUGAUGUCUGUAACUUAUGGUGGAACACGGAGCUCAUUUUUGAUUAGCCUCACCUUUAUUACUGCCAGCUUUAACAAACACCACUGCUCUGUGUCACUGACAGUUGCUGAUAACUAAAGCUGAACAACAAGACGUGUACCGUAAGCUGAAGACCCUAAUUAUUCAAGAUAUUAGAAAGCUUAAAUCUACACAGAGGUCCUGUCGCCAUUUUCAAACCAGCUGUUAUCAUACACACACCGUCUCCAAUGUAUGCUUCUCAGGGGUGGGUUGUAUCUUGAGGUUGUAAUUUCUUCUCACUGCUUAGUCUCCAUUGCAAAGGAGAGCAUGUUUCUUCUGUCAUCGUAUUGUGACAGAACACUAUCUUAAGCAACUGUGCUUCCAGUCCUUUGUGCACAUAUUCACUGGCUCGGACUGUUUUUUUAAGAAGUGAAGUAUUUAAUGAAACGGGGCCAAGACAUUGCAGAAAGAGCAGUGAAGUAGCUGCGGACCCUGAAUUUGACUUUUCAACAUCUGGUAAUGCAGCCAUCAUCUUAGGCCAUUGGAGACACAACCCUCAGAGGGGUUUAUAGAUCUAAAUGAAUCUGACAACAAGCUGUGGAUGCUGAGAGUCAACACAUUUUUUCAAGUCCACGUAAUGAGGAGGGGAGCCAAAGUAAAGUGCUUUGAACAAGGCCAAAUGACACACCAUGUCAAACGUUCACAAGUCAAAAGUUAAUUGCAAACAAAAGAGGCUGUUUUGAAUGUAAAUUAAGAGUAUGUUGGCUGUGUUUUUCUUUAAGAUUAGAAAGGUGAGAGCUGUUCACACACGGUGGGGGGCGACCUGGGCCUGUGCUGCUCUGGCCCUCAAAAAUUCAUAUUUCAAUUCCCCAGUUGGACUGAGAGUAAUAAAGCACAAUGCUGAUGCUUUCAGUCCGUUAUGAAAUGUAUCAUUUUAUGCCUAAAUCCACAUUGAAAACCACGGGGCAUGCACUGAUCUGUGCUGGAUUUGGAUUGGUUGAGGGUAAAUGUCUUAGUUACGUGAAUUCAUUUGGGUCUAUUCACAACUCCAACAUAGCAUUAAAGAUUUACUGUAGUUUCAUUUCACCCAAUAAAAAAAUAAAUAAAUUGUAUCCAUUA